AUGGAGAACAGCACGGAGGUGGCAGCCUUCCUCCUGCUGGGCCUGACCGACGACCCCCGCCUGCGGCUGCCCCUCUUCCUCGCCUUCCUGCUCAUCUACGCCAUCACUGCGCUUGGGAACCUGGGCUUGGUCCUGCUGAUCCUGCUGGACCCGCGCCUGCACAGCCCCAUGUACUUCUUCCUCGGGAACCUGGCGCUGGUGGACUUCUGUUACUCCUCUGCGGUCACCCCCACGGCUGUGGUUGGGCUCCUUAGUGGAACACAAGUCAUUUCCUACAGUGCCUGUGCUGCUCAGCUGUUCUUUUUUACAGCAUUUGCUACUGUGGAAAACUACCUCCUGGCCUCAAUGGCCUACGACCGCUAUGUGGCCGUGUGCAAGCCCCUGCACUACCCUACCACCAUGACCGCAAAGGUGUGUGCGGGGCUCAUCCUGGGCUGCUACGUCUGCGCUUUCCUCAGUGCCUCCUUCUACACGGGGGACACGUUCAGUCUCUCCUUCUGCAAGCUCAACGCGAUCCCUCAUUUUUUCUGUGACAUCCCUGUAGUCAUGGCGCUUUCUUGCUCUAACAGAUAUGUGAACGAGCUGGCCCUCAUUGAUGUAGCCAGCUUCGUUAUCUUACUAGCCCUCCUGAUUAUCUUAAUAUCCUACGUAUUGAUUUUCAACUCUAUCCUGAAGAUGCGCUCAGGGACAGGGCAUCGCAAGGCUCUGUCCACCUGCGCCUCCCACCUCACCGCCGUCUCCAUCUUCUACGGAACCACGAUCUUCAUGUACCUGCAGCCCAGCUCCAGCCACUCCAUGGACACGGACAAAAUUGCCUCCGUGUUCUACACCAUGGUCAUCCCCAUGCUGAACCCCGUGGUCUACAGCCUGAGGAACAAGGAGGUCAAGAGCGCAUUCACAAAAAUUAUUUUGAAGGCAAUAUGA